AUGCAAACUGCAGUCGACGACGAGAGGAUCAUCGCACUGCAGGAAGUCGACCUGGAGUGGGCCGGAAAGCUGCACACUUUCUUUUCCGAGCGUGGGUACGCGGUGGUCUUUGCUCAGUAUGGCAAACAGAUGAACGGCUACAUGGGAGUCAUGAUGGCUUGGCCUACGAAGACCUUUGAGGCCUUGGAUGUGGAGAUUUGCAGGCUCUCCGACACAGCCCCGAAGCGUGUUUGGCCGAAAUCGGAUUCUGGCCCGCUGGCGCGUUUCGGAUACCUCACCUAUCAGGGCCUCACGGAGAUCUUGGGAUGCAGACCUCCAGAAAUGGAAGCGGACGCUGAGGGAGGAGAGUGGAAGCUUGCACAGGGUCGCAUGAACGAGGCCAUCUUCGUCAGGCUGAGACCUAGAGGAACGUCGUGCGAUUUCUGCGCGGCCACGUAUCAUAUGCCUUGUCUCUUUGGCACCACGGAAAAAGUUCGAGCGGUGAAUAUUCACAGCCAGCUUCUGCUGAACAGGCUGAAACAGUUUGCAUCACCGGAUGACAAGAAAGGUUUCCAAGAUGCACCUGUCGCGCUGAUGGGUGAUUUCAACAUCAAGCCAGGCACCUCUUCCUAUAAUUUGAUCGAGAGCGGGGGCUCUGUAUCCAGCGUUUCGAAGCAGGGCAGCAGGGAUGAAGUCCUGGGCCUGGAGCAGUUGCCCAUUGUCGAGUUCCCCGAUGGCCUUAAAAGCGCCUACAAGGACUUCCAUGGGCAAGAGCCGCUGUUCACCAACUACGCGCUCUCCGGAAUGAGCAAAGAGGCUUUCGUGGAUACCCUUGAUUACAUUUGGUUCAGCCCUGGUCGUCUGAAAGUUGUCGCUUGCCAACAGCUGCCAAAGGACAAAGAGACAGCAAAUGGGCCAUUUCCCAACGCAGAAGAACCGUCAGACCAUCUCCCGCUUCAUGCAACUCUGCGCCUGUCAGAGAGAAACACGGCAUGA